AUGAAUCCGAAUGAGCGAAGCAAGUACCUGUGCGAUCAGUAUGGUCAAGUUCUUGGAGAGCAAUUGGAUCAGAGAAAAUCACAGUACGUGCUGGCCGAUUUGAACAAGAAUCCAGCGGACGCAAAGUCUCAAUCUGUCAAGAAGAUUGAUUCCGAAUACAUUCUUCGUGACCUCCAGAAUCAGGCGAAUAAAGAUCAAACCUAUUCACGGGAUGCACCGGAUCGUCCGUUCUUGACUGGAACUCCUAUCAAUGCGAAGGAUAUUCGCGCCAAGAUCGAGUCAUUUGACAAUGCCAUUGUGAUUCCUCAAAUCAUCAACGGACAAGUUUUCUUCACGACUCACGGAGAUGCCGAUACUCACACAGCUGUUGAUGGAAGUACCUCGAACCCGAAUUUGAGUGAAGGAAAUUCGGUAGGAGCCACAAAGGGAGUUGAUCUUCACAAAGUGAAAUUCACCUUUGCCCAACUCGUCACUCUCCUCGGACCUGUCACUUGUCAACGUCUCGAACGUGAAUUUGCAAAGAACAACAAGCUUUCUGACGCCGAAAUGGCCCAACUCCGUACCGCCUGUGAAUCUGGAUCCGAGAUGUCUCUGGCAACUGGACGUUCAUCGGAAACCCUUCGUACCGCCCAAAGCGUUGAGCCAAAUCUUUUGAGCACUCGUACUGCCAACUCAGUUGAACCGAAUCUUCUGAGUGUCUAUUCUGCUCGUAGUCCAGGAGUUUUCACGAAGAACGAGGGAGUUCUGACUGCUCAGUCUCCAGAACCAAAUCUUUUGAGUGUUCGCACUGCCAACUCUCUGGAGCCGAAUCUUCUCAGCGUCAGAUCGGCGAGAGAUUUCACUACGAUGAGUCAGCUGAAGGCUCAAUCACCAGGAAUCUUGACUGCUCAAUUGCCAGAACCGAAUCUUCUCUCCACUCGUACUGCUCGUUCUGCUACUUCCCUUUCGGAUAGAGAGUCGAAAGACGUGCUCACUGCAAUCGAGAUUGAUUCACCAACUACUGGAGUGAACACUGCGAAAAGCAUUGCUUCUGGAAGUACUCAAUCGGUUUUCACUGCAAAUGAAAUUGAGUCGAUUCGCUCGUCGCAGGAUGUUCUCACUGCUGUCAGUAUUUUGAGUGAUUUGAGUAGAUCUUCUCAAGAUGUUACUACUGCCCUCGAGAUUCCUGAUAACGCUGGAUCCCAGAUGUCAAUUUGA